GGGUUUUGUAGAGUUUGCCCUCGGUGCUUAUAAACCGAGUUUCUCUCCUGCUGCUCUCGAAGAAAUAGAAACUCUGUUAGACGCCGAAGUUCAGCCGUCGCCAUGGUGAAGUAUUCGAGGGAGCCUGACAAUCCGACCAAGUCCUGCAAAGCCAGAGGCUCGGACCUUAGAGUUCACUUUAAGAACACUAGGGAAACUGCCCAUGCUAUCAGGAAGUUGCCACUGGCCAAGGCCAAGAGGUAUCUAGAGGAUGUACUUGCCCACAAACAGGCCAUUCCUUUCCGUCGCUUCUGUGGUGGUGUUGGACGAACUGCUCAGGCAAAGAAUAGGCAUUCAAAUGGCCAAGGACGCUGGCCCGUCAAGUCUGCAAAGUUUAUUCUUGAUCUGCUUAAGAAUGCUGAGAGCAAUGCUGAAGUAAAGGGUUUGGACGUUGAUUUGCUCCAUGUAUCUCACGUCCAGGUAAACCAAGCUCAGAAACAAAGGCGUCGGACCUACCGUGCUCACGGACGAAUCAACCCUUACAUGUCUUCCCCUUGCCAUAUUGAACUGAUUUUGUCAGAAAAAGAAGAGCCUGUCAAGAAGGAGCCCGAGACUCAACUGGCGACUGGCAAACCCAAGAAAGGUCAAGCUAUCCGUAGUGGUGCUUCCUCUUGAAUGGCAGAAGUAUAAAUUUUGUUGUGGGUUUUGCUGUGACCAUUUCUUUUUUGAAGUGAGUUUUAUUAUUGAACACUAUAUAGAACGGAGUAUUGUUAUUUAGAUGUUUUCUGUGACAUUGUUUUAUUUGGAACCUUUUCUAGUUCAAUUUUCUUCAAGUAAGUUGCAAUCAAUCACAUUCUGGUAUUUGCUGCUUU